AUGUACUUCAAUGGUACGCUUCUAUUUUCAUUGGGAGCAGAACAGGUUUUUGAGUUGAUGCAAGAGAAGAAUGUGAUGGCUUGGACCGCAUUGAUUUGUGGAUCGGCACAACAUGGAUACAGCAAAGAAGCAUUGUGUUUGUUUGAGAUGAUGCAAAACAGCGGCGUAAGACCUAAUGAACUGACUUUUACAGGAGUUCUCAGUGCUUGUGUGAACACGAGACUAGUUGAGGAGGGUCGAACAUAUUUCAAUUUGAUUGAAGAAAGUGGCUUGGAGCUUCGGAUUCAGCAUUAUGGAUGCAUGGUCGAUUUGUAUGGCAAGGCGGGGCUGUUAGAGGAAGCCUAUGAUUUUAUUAAGAACAUGAGACUUGAACCCAAUAUUGCUGUCUGGGGAGCUUUUUUGUCGGCUUGCAAGGAGCAUAAACAGUUUGAGAUGGCCGAAAGAGUUGUUGAGGAGGUCAUGAAGAUGGUGAAACCAGAGAAUGAUAGUGGUUACUCUCUUAUCGCCGAUUUGUAUGUUUUGGGUGGAAAGUGGGAUGAUGCUGAAAGAGUGAGGAAAUUAAUGGUGAACCACAAGGUGAGGAAGGUUAGGGGCUCUAGUUUUGUUCAAGUGGAUAGUUGAGAAAACCAAUUCUAUAUGCCGCUCGCAACUUAUAAAGCUUACCUGAAUGAUGUGUAUCCUAGGCGAAAUAUGAUGGUGAGGCUCCUCAGUGGCAGCAUGCCAGUAGCUUUAUUGAGAUCGGAAGCGUAUUGUGCAAAGGCUCUAAUUCUGCAAUUGGCAGAAGGCUGUUUACAAACAGGAACAACACAAUCAGAAUUACAACCUUAGUUGCUUGAAUUAUAAGGUUUUUUCGUUAAAGUGUUUUAACAGAGAGCAGGGUUAAGGCCAACGGUAAUGAGGAAGG